AUGCCAUCUACGCGUCGCCACUCGUCGACUGUAUCAACUGCGUCUUGGAAAGACCAGAGAUCAGCACAGGUUUCAAGAACACCUGUGCAUGCAGCAAUAUAUCCAAGAGCUUCGCGUUCGUUCAUCGGCUCCAUCCAUAACGUCCGCGCUACAAGCGGCUUAUUUGAGAACGCUAAGAACUUUUCGCGUACCACACAUGCUCUUGUAUAUGAAUUUUCAUCCAAGCAAUCGCUGAGCGAGAGGACCCUUGACGAAAACUCGGGUCCGGGAUACCUUCAGGAGGUUGUUCAGAAUGGAAAUUCUGACGACCAAAAACUACGCGUCAUGUGUCGACUCUCUCUGAGCGCAGCGUUCGCAAAGCAACUCAUGGACACCUUCGAUGUUACACCGCAAUUCAGCGGUGCUAUAUUGGGAGAGCCUGAUUACGGAGCACCUGGAGAUUUUGCCACCUUUGAUGACAAGGGCAACAUUGAGAAGAUAGAAUUCUGCUGUCAGCAGCCGCGCUGGGCUAUUCAUAAGAAACUUACUCCAUGGUGCAUUUACAUGGCGUACUCCUACCAAGACAGAGCUACAACCUAUAUUGUUGCUUGCGACGCACAUCAAGGCCGCUUCGACAUCGUAAAAGAGCGACUUUCGGAUCUACUAGCCGUUGAUCCAACACAUGGGACGUUCCUGAGCGACUCCCUCAACCCCUUUUUCCUCCACUUACUCAUAACUCAAGAGGUUUUCCUCGAUGCUGUGCCGGAGAUCACCAAGCUACGACAUCAGCUCUACGGCGCACUCGACAGGGUAGAUCAAUAUGCGGCCAAAACAGAGAACGAGCGUGAAAAGAAAGAGCUCGAAGAUCUAACUAUCACCUUGCAUAUCGUGUCGCAAGAGACAGACCGCAUGUUUGCCAACGUUAGUAUGUCAAGCAUGAUACUGCAGCGAAUGAUACGAGCCCAUGCUCGAUAUCAAGAUAGCGUGAGCAACGAUGCGUCGAAGAGGAAUUCAGUAGUCAAGACCGACGAUGCGCUCCAUUAUAUGUUCGACAGCAUUGAGAGCCAGCAAAGAUGGUUGAAUAGCUACAAGUCGCGGAAGGACAUUGCGAUGAACCUGGUCUUCAAUCUAGUCACGCAACAAGAUAGCUCCACCAGCACGACAAUCGCCCGCGAAGCGAAAGCUGAUGGAUCCGCCAUGCGCACGAUCGCUACUCUGACAAUGGUUUUUCUGCCAGGUACCUUUGUGUCGUCUGUUUUCAGUAUGCCAAUACUAGAGGGUGUGCAUUGGCACCUCUAUGUCGCCGUCACGAUACCCUUGACGCUUUUCGUUUUCGUAACUUGGUGGUUCUGGCAGAACUUUGUAUCCUUAAGAAGUAAGUUGGAGAAGCUCGCUCGAAGAGUACGGGGAAAGCGAGCUUCUGCUGGAUAUCGACCGUGA